UUUGACGUUUAAUGGGAGUGGGAAGGUUAAAGUAAAAUCAAUAAUGGAGGGCCUGAAGAAGUUUAAAUCAAAAUCAAUGCUGAGUCUGCAUAAUUUGAUGAGAACCACCUGUGAUAUUAACGACGUAAUCUCUAGCAGCAUGCCAGUUUCAGAAAUUAAAUCAAAAUUUAAGCUGAAGCCCCUAAAAGUACCUGCUUUUCCCAGUAAGAGAGAUAAAUAUUUAUCUGGAUGUCUUCCAGGCCAAUUACAACACAAAGAAAAAAAGUUGAGCCCUUUGCAAAUGGAAGCUUUCCAAGAUGCCUACAACUUCUUCACUAAGGACAAAACUGACUGUAUUGAUUCACACGGACUGAUGUGCACUUUAGCUAAGCUGGGAAUGAGUCUAACCAAGUAUGAUAUCUAUAAUGAAUUAAAAUGUGCUGAUCUUGAUCGAGAUGGGAAGAUCAAUUUCUCAGACUUUAUAAAAGUGUUAACAGAUAAAAAGCGCUUCUUCAAUGCUGUGGCUCCAGAAAAGAAAGCUUGUUUAGAUUUUAGUAACAACCCGGGAAUCCUAUUAUUUGAAAUCCUGUCAAAACUUGUAGAGACGUCAGCCCUACCCAAAAAGACUAUAGUAGAACUAGUAAGCUAUUUCCGAAGAAAAUUCCAGGAGGGCAAUGUAGAAUCACCAUGGAGUCCCUAUGGGAAAAGAAGAUUCAAACCAGAUAUAUGCACACCUCCAAGCUCAAGUACAGCUGCCUUUGCUAAUUCUGCCCGGAUUGCAAUAAUGAAAGAAAAAGAUUUAUAUAAAUUUCUUGAAGAACUCAAGAGAUGCAAUCUCCCUUCAGGUAGCCCAUAUUCAAAGAUACCUGUCUUCCCAUUGUUUCCUGAUGUGGAUGAGGUAGUGGUGGGAAAGCCAGCCAAAGACAUACAGAAAUUUGAAAUGCUAAGAAGAAAGGAGCCGCUGAACUUCUUUGAGGACUAUUUUUUUCAUAAAAGAGACUGGAAAGCACAGGCAGCAAAUCUAAAGCCUAUCAAAUCUGCCUCAGGAUAUUCUGAUGACAUCUUAGCUAUUGACCAACUAUUCAAGAAAAAGCAGCACUGGACCGUAGCUGAUGCAGCUGCUAUAAAAACACAUGUAAGGAAAGCUACAGACACCUAUAACUUAGGAAUUGCCCUCGAGCACCGGAAAGAAAUGUUGAAUCUCUGGAAGAAGAUCCGAGGAGAUUUGAUUGGAAUAGACACCGGGAAUGAAUCCUUUUAUGACACCUUUUCUACUUACACGUGGUCCUGGAAUGUUGGCCAAGAGUUACUUUCUCCGAAGGACUUAAGGCUCCAUGAUGCCUACGGGAGCAGAAAUACCUCCUACAACUCUGGAUUCUCCUCGCCGUCAGAUAUCAGCGAAUGUGACAUGGAGUCAGGAAGGAAAAGAAAGCGGAAAAGUUUCAAAGCGUUUCGGCGGUGAAAUUUCUACAUU